CCCGCUACACCUGGGGAAACUGAGGCAGGGGUGUGCAGUGGGGAACACGGGUGCUCUGGUUCCCCCAGAAAGCAGCUGAAUUUUAGUGUCAGUCUGAUACAGCUCCGAGGUAAAGCCACCACUUACUGGGUCUGGAGGAGGAGGAGAAGGAAGGCAGAGCCGCCACUGUUGAUGCUGAGGGGCUGCGCUGGGGGUGAGCAGGGAGCACUGGGCUGAGGGGCAGCAGCCCCAUCCCAGGCACGAGGCCAUUCCAUCCCUUUCCACUGCUGCUCCAGCUCUCCUUCUCCCCUUCCCCUGCCUCACUAAUUAAACCCAAAUGCUUAAUUACAAUCUGCUGAACCCAUGACUGCUUCCUGGAGCCUGCUAACACCAUGGGGCCAAUCCCAACUCCCCUACAUCCCUGUAGGAAAGGUGGGAGACAGGGAACAGGGGGAGCAUCCCGAUGCCUGCAGGAUUUGGGUUGUGGCUCAUCAGUGGCAUAAAGAGAUUUUCAUGCAACACACAGAAAAGAGCAAACCUAACCGGUGGAGCUGGGAAAGUCAUCCCUGGGGAUCUUGGCCUCUCCAAGGAGAGAUGGGGACAGAUGGCUCAGCCCUGGGGUUGUCCCCGGGCUGCUGGCAGGUCCCCCAAGGAGUGGAGAGGGAGAGGGAUACUCAGCUCAGUGCCUGGUGAGCUGCCAGUGGCAAUGAAAAAAUAACCGAGGUCAAUAAGGCUGGUGGCAGCAUGAGGUGGGUGGUGGGAUCGAGAGUCCCACUGUGCCUCCCCACCUGGUCACCCACCAGUGGGUCCCCAGGGCAGUGGGGUGCCCUGACCCUCUCUCCCUCCUACCUGCAGGUCCCCGCCAGCCCAUGCAGUGACUCAGGGGGUGGCACAGCCCCUGCUCCUGCCGUAGCCACCGCUGCCACUCCGGGCACUGAGGUCUGCUGGCCAUGGGCAACCUCAUAAAGGUAUUGGGCAAAGAUUUAGAAAACUGUCCUCAUUUUUUCCUGGAUUUUGAAAAGCCCUCCGGGUUUCUCUCCCCGGGGCGCUGCCCUGCAGAUGCGCAGCCGACGGAGGCCGAGACGGCAGUGUGGAACCAGGUGAACGCGGUGCUGGAGGAGGCACAGACCAUCCUGGCCGAGCUGCAGUCCUACACGGGUGCCGGGCAGGAGAUCCGAGAGGCCAUCCAAAACCCCGGGGACCUGCGGCUGCAGGAGCGGGCCUGGAGCGCCGUCUGCCCCCUCGUUGCUAAGCUGAAACGCUUCUAUGAGUUCUCCCUGCGGCUGGAGAAUGCCCUGCGGAGCCUUCUGGAGGCCCUCACCAGCCCCCCGUACGCCCCGACCCAGCACCUCGAGCGGGAGCAAGCCCUGGCCAAGCAGUUUGCUGAGAUCCUUCACUUCACCCUCAGCUUCGAUGAGCUCAAGAUGACCAACCCUGCCAUCCAGAACGACUUCAGCUACUACAGACGGACCAUCAGCCGGAAUCGCAUCAACAACCUGCAGCUGGAUGCAGAGAGCGAGGUGAACAACGAGAUGGCCAACAGGAUGUCCCUCUUCUAUGCUGAGGCCACCCCCAUGCUCAAAACACUCAGCAAUGCCACCACCAAGUUCGUUUCAGAGAACAAGACCCUCCCAAUCGAGGACACGACUGACUGCCUGAGCACCAUGGCCUGUGUCUGCAGGGUGAUGCUGGAGACCCCGGAAUACCGGAGCCGCUUCACCAACACCGAGACCCUCCUGUUCUGCAUGCGGGUGAUGGUCGGCGUCAUCAUCCUCUACGACCACGUCCACCCCGUGGGGGCCUUUGCCAAGACCUCCAAGAUCGAUAUGAAAGGCUGCAUCAAAGUCUUGAAAGACCAACCCUCAACCAGCACCGAGGGGCUCCUGAAUGCUCUGAGGUACACCACUCGGCACCUCAACGAUGACACCACGUCCAAACAGAUCCGGGCCCUGCUGCAGUGAGCGCGGGGCGGCCACCGCAGCCACAACGUCACCGUGUCACCGACGCCCAUGACCAUACCGCUCAUUUUGUACAGAGGGAAAAGGGACAAUAAGGAAUACACAGGAAUACUAACAGAACAUCAAAAUGGCCCGAGGCCACCC